AUGGUCGCUAUCAAGCUGAAGGCGGUAUUUGCCGCUCUUCUGGCGGUCACCAAGGCCUCUCCCCUCCAAGACCUCGGACCGCUGUCCAUCUUUGAGAAGCUUACAGCCCCUGCCACGGGCUGGGUGGCCAACGGAGAUGCGCCCGCCGAGGCCGUGCUCAACAUGCACAUUGGCCUCAAGCAAAGGGACAUCAAAGGUCUGGAGGAGAAGUUACUUGACAUCUCCGACCCCAACAGCUCCAAUUAUGGCAAAUGGCUGUCCAAGGAAGGGAUCGAGCAGUACACUACUCCCUCGGCCCUCACCACCAAUCUGGUGAAGCUUUGGCUGACGGCUCAUGGCAUAACGGGUGAUGCAAUCCAGCAGUCCUCUCCUGACUGGAUUUCCUUCGAGGUUCCCGUCAUCAAGGCCGAGUCGCUGCUCAAGACCAAGUACAGCCUGUUCCACGGCCAGGGCGACCAGGUCACGGCCCGCGCCCUCGAGUACUCCGUUCCCCAACUACUGCACGACCACAUAGACACCAUCCAGCCCACCACCGCCUUUCACAGCGACUUUGGUCCCAAAGAGGGUGCCGUCGCGCAAGCACCCGUCUCUGAGCGUGCCGUUGGUCGCGCAUGCCCCGACGACGUGACAGCCGACUGCAUCAACGACUACUACAACGUCGACUACACCGGCAAAGGCACGCAGAGCCUCGCCGUGACGGGCUUCCUCGACUUUUCCGCCAGCCACGGUGAUGCCGCCAGUUUUCUAAAACGCUACUUCCCCAAGGGUCGCGGCAAAGACUUUGCCGACGCGACGGCGGGCAGCAACGUGCGGCCCAACAAUGAGAACAACGCGACGCUCGAGGGCAACCUCGACACGCAGAUUGCGCUGUCGGUCGGCUACCCCUCGGCCGUCACGUACCUCAUGGUCGGGCCCAACAACCAAGCCCAGCCGAACCAGUACUUUGGCGACCAGCUCAUCAGCUUCGGCCAGUGGAUGAAUGCCGCGUCCGACCCGCCGACUGUCAUCUCCAGCUCGUACCUCGGCAGCGAGCCCGACUUUGGCAGCAGCUACAAGGACCGCAUCUGCAACGAGUUUAUGAAGGCCGGCGCCCGCGGUAUCACCGUGCUCUUCUGCUCGGGCGACUUUGGCGUCUCGGGGCUCAACCACGAAAACUCGUGCCCCAACGGCUACAUUCCGACAUUCCCUGCCUCGUGCCCGUACGUUACUGCCGUCGGCUCUACCCAGUUUAACGGCCAAAAAGAGGCCGCCGCCGCUUUUCCUCAGGAUGGCGCCACAGGUGGCGGUUUCUCGCGUUACUGGACGGCACCCAAGUACCAGAAAAACGACACCACCAGCUACGUCAACAGCCUGUCCUCGUCCUACAAUGGAAAAUUCACCAAGACUGGACGCGGCAUCCCUGACGUCUCGCUCGUGGGCGUCAACUGGGACAUAAUCGUCAAGGGUCGAUACAUCCAGGCCUACGGCACGUCCGCCUCGACGCCUGCCUGGGCCUCGCUGCUGUCGCUGAUCAACGACUACCGCCAGACGCUCGGCAAAGGUACGCUCGGCUUCCUCAACCCAGCGCUGUACGGCAACAAGGAGGUCCGCGCCGCGCUCCGCGACGCGGUGGGUGGAAGCAGCAAGGGCUGCGGCGAGACGGGGCUCCCUGCGACCAAGGGCUGGGACGCAGCGACUGGCCUGGGCUCGUUGGAUUUUGCAGCUCUGCGCGAGGCUCUCGCCAAGCUCUGA